AUGAAUACUUUUCGUUUUGCGAGGCCCGCAGUCGCCAAGGUGCCGUUCCAGCGGUCCACGCUGCCUCGAAUUGCACGGGCCUAUAGCUCCAAGUCUUAUGAGUAUAUCUUGACCUCGACCCCGAAGCCAGGUGUUGGACAGGUGACUUUGAACCGACCAAAGGCACUCAAUGCACUCUGCACCCCUCUCAUCAAGGAGCUCAACGAGGCUCUCAACGACUUCAACGCCUCCGAUGAGACCUCGGUUAUCAUUCUUACCGGCUCACAAAAGGCUUUUGCCGCCGGAGCCGACAUCAAAGAGAUGGCCCCUCUUACCUUUUCAGAGGCUUACACCAAGGCAUUCAUCGAGUCCUGGUCCCUGCUGACCACUCAAGUGAAGAAGCCCAUCAUCGCUGCCGUCUCUGGCCAUGCUCUUGGCGGUGGCUGUGAGCUUGCCAUGAUGUGCGAUCUCCUCUACUGCACCGAAACCGCCAACUUUGGCCAGCCCGAAGUCAAGCUGGGAACCAUUCCCGGCGCCGGUGGCAGCCAGCGACUCACUCGUGCCAUUGGCAAGUCCAAGGCCAUGGAGCUGAUCCUGACGGGCAGGUCCUUCAGCGGUGCUGAGGCUGAGAAAUGGGGCCUUGCCGCCAGGACCUUCCCCACACACGAUGCCCUGAUGGAGGAGACACUGAAGCUCGCUGAGACCAUUGCCGGAUACUCAAAGGUCGCUGUCCAGGCAUGCAAGGAGGUUGUCAACAAGAGCCAGGAUCUUGGCCUGCGGGACGGAGUCGAGUUUGAGAGACGCGUCUUCCACAGCCUGUUUGGCAGCCAAGACCAGAAGAUUGGCAUGAAGGCUUUCGCCGAGAAGAAGAAGGCUGAGUGGACUCACUCUUAA